UGUAGCAGCCUUUGGUAUUUGCUUAAAAUGCUAAACAAGAGACCCGGGUCUUUAAGAGCAGGUUCUCAGGGAAAUUCUGGAAUUGCAAGCUGCAGCCCUUUCUCCCCGCGCUGGGUUUGGCUGUUUUCCAAAGCAUCGAGGCCAGCAAUUGAGGGACUGAAAUAUAGUCAGCGGUGGCACAUUUGCACCACACGAAACAUUCUCUGCCUCCAAAGCCUCCAGCGGCUGUGGGACCGGCUCACCGGCAACAGCUCUUGGCUGCUGGCCUCUGCAGGGAGGGAAGAUUGGAUCACAAUGUCCCAGCAGAAGUGUAUCGUGAUCUUCGCCCUGGUGUGCUGCUUUGCCAUUCUCGUGGCGUUGAUAUUUUCUGCCGUGGACAUCAUGGGAGAGGACGAGGAUGGGCUCUCAGAAAAAAAUUGUCAAAAUAAAUGUCGAAUUGCCCUGGUGGAAAAUAUUCCUGAAGGCCUUAACUAUUCAGAAAAUGCACCAUUUCACUUAUCACUUUUCCAAGGCUGGAUGAACUUACUCAACAUGGCCCAAAAGUCUGUUGACAUAGUGUCUUCCCAUUGGGAUCUCAACCACAGUCAUCCAUCAGCAUGUCAGGGUCAACGUCUUUUUGAAAAGUUGCUCCAACUGACUUCGCAAAAUAUUGAAAUCAAGCUAGUGAGUGAUGUGACCGCCGACUCAAAGGUAUUAGAAGCCUUGAGAUCAAAGGGAGCAGAGGUGACCUACAUGAACAUGACCGCCUACAACAAGGGCCGGCUCCAGUCGUCCUUCUGGAUCGUGGACAAACAGCAUGUCUACAUCGGCAGUGCUGGCUUGGACUGGCAGUCGCUGGGACAGAUGAAAGAGCUCGGGGUCAUCUUCUACAACUGCAGCUGCCUGGUCCUGGACUUACAAAGGAUAUUCGCUCUGUACAGCUCGUUAAAAUUCAAGAACAGAGUGCCUCAGACCUGGUCCAAGAGGCUCUAUGGCGUCUACGACAACGAGAAGAAGUUGCAGCUUCAGUUGAACGAAACCAAAUCUCAAGCCUUUGUGUCGAAUUCUCCCAAGCUCUUCUGCCCCAAGAACAGAAGCUUUGACAUCGAUGCCAUCUACAGCGUGAUCGAUGACGCCAAGCAGUACGUCUACAUCGCGGUCACAGACUACCUGCCCAUCUCCAGCACCAGCACCAAAAGGACUUACUGGCCAGACUUGGAUGGGAAAAUAAGAGAAGCAUUAGUUUUGCGAAGCGUUAAAGUUCGACUCCUUAUAAGCUUCUGGAAGGAAACUGACCCCCUUACAUUUAACUUUAUUUCAUCUCUUAAAGCUAUUUGCACUGAAAUAGCCAACUGCAGUUUGAAAGUUAAAUUUUUCGAUCUGGAAAGAGAGAAUGUGUGUGCUACAAAAGAACAAAAGGAUCACACCUUUCCUAAAUUAAACCGCAACAAGUACAUGGUGACGGACAGCGCGGCUUAUAUUGGCAAUUUUGACUGGGUGGGGAAUGACUUCACCCAGAACGCGGGCACAGGCCUCGUUAUCAACCAGGCGGACGUGAGAAACAACAGGAGCAUCAUCAAGCAGCUGAAGGAUGUGUUUGAGCGGGACUGGUACUCGCCCUACGCCAGGACCCUGCAGCCGACCAAGCAGCCGAACUGCUCUGGCCUGUCCAGGCUCAGACCCCCCACCAACAAAACUGCCACGUACCCCCUCAGCGCGAAGGACCCCGCCAGCGUAUCCCGUGAAGGAACAAACUGACAGGACAGCUUGUCUUUCCUAUUUAUAUAGAAGGGACUUGAGGAGAGUUUAAAAAAAAAAAAAAAACAAAACACACAAUUUAUUAUGUCUUUUUUAGGGAAAAAGCACACUUCCACAAGAAUAUUCUCCGCACGCCAUGUAAUAUCUUAUCUAACAAUAUCUUAGCGGCGUGUACACGAAGUUUAGGACUUUUGUAUUUGUUACUCCUGACAGAGAAUGUCAUUUCAGCUUAGAAGUUAGUUUUUACGUUUGCAUACCGAUUUGAAGACUCUCAUGCCUCUUCCUUCCUAGUUUUAGACCUUUUUCUGCUGACCCAACUGGUCUGUCCUUUCGAAGCUUAGCAUGAGGUAAAUGCUUUCACACCCUUCUGAGAUCUGCUUCUUAGAGAGGCGAGUGAGGCUUUCACCACAGCCAAGGGACUGAUCCAGCCAAGUACUUAGCCCGUAAACCGUCUCCAAGACCCAUGCAGUCAUCCGAGCGUGAACAGCUCACAUC